GUCUCAGUUGUCCUACAUAAUAGUUGCAUUCAAAAGAGGCUGGGCUGGGCUGGGUUGCCUUGGAAGGGGGGACGGGGGCGGGGAGGGGGGUGUGCCCGGAGCACUGCCGGUCCCUCCACCCUUCUGCUGCCCCCAUCCACUGCCGCCUCUGACCGCAGGAGUCCACAGCCCACUCCACUGACUCUCCUCUGGAGCUUUCACACCAGAGAACCAGAAAGAUGGAUUUCGGCAUGUCUGUUGCCCUGAGCAAGAGAUUCCAAGGAGGGAAAGCAUUCGGCUUGCUGAAAGCCCGGCAGGGGAGGAGGCUAGAGGAAAUUAACCGGGAAUUUCUCUGUGACCAGAAGUACAGUGAUGAAGAAAACCUGGAGGAAAAGCUCACAGCCUUCAAGGAGAAGUACAUGGAAUUUGACCUGAACAAUGAAGGAGAAAUUGACUUGAUGUCCCUGAAGCGGAUGAUGGAGAAGUUGGGUGUCCCAAAGACCCACCUGGAGAUGAAGAAGAUAAUCUCCGAGGUGACAGGUGGAGUCAGUGAUACCAUUUCCUACAGGGACUUUGUGAAUAUGAUGCUUGGAAAACGUUCAGCGGUCCUCAAGCUAGUCAUGAUGUUUGAAGGAAAAGCCAAUGAGAGUGCCCCCAAGCCUGUUGGCCCUCCUCCUGAGAGAGACAUUGCCAGCCUGCCCUGAAGCCCCUGCUCUGUCUGCCCUGCCUGCUUCCCCACCCAACACUCAGCUGAGUCUCUUGUGUCUCCUUAAGACUUUUCUUGUUUAUCCCUUUUUGCUUUGUGUUUUUUGUUUGCUCCUUGUUGGUUUGUUCUUCUUUCAUUUUUUACUUUAGAAAAUUUUAGUGAUUUUUUUUUUUUAAGGCACAAACUAAUCUGCCUUAGGGGAGUUAGGAAUGGGAGGAAUCCAGUGCCUUUGGUCCCGUCCCUUCUUUUGCAGAAGGUCUCAUCUAACUCAAGUUGAAUGUUGGGGUAUCACUGAUGUCAAACCAAAUACCCAUCCUUUGAGAUCACUAUUUCCUUUCUUCCAUAAGGUCUCUGAGUGACAUUAGGUAUAUUCUAAACUCCAUUGUGAGAUAAGGGUCUUAGAUUUAGGAUCUGUAGAUAUUUUCCCACUUCUAGUAGCUUUUGGGGUGAUUUGAGCCAGAUUUUCACUUUACCUGCCUCUUAAUGUCACCAUCAGGAAUUCAUGGCUUCUUGAUGGGUUGCCUUCUUUAUGAACAGCAUGGUAGGAGUCCUGGAGCAAAGGCAAAAUAGCUGGCUACCACUAAGGUUUUCCCCAUCUGCUCUGUGGUCUCGGAUGCUCCUACAAGUACUUCUCUGUCUUCAAGAGCCCCUGCCAGUUAGCCAUUCAAUUUGGUAUGAUCCAGGUCUCCUAUGUUCUUUUGCUAGCUCUAAGCUCCCAGUUUCUGUCAUCAUGAGUGAAGGGAGGUGAAGGUGCUGAAAUCAAGCUGCCAGGAUUGGGAAGGGAAGAGAAUGUGGAAGAAAGAGCUAAAAAUUUGAACCCAACAGAGUAUCAUGAGAAAGUUACAACACCUCUAGGGGCCAAUGAGAACCCUUGGGGGGCGGGGAUGGAACAAGCUAACUCCUCAGUGGGUGAGAUGAGAGCAUAAUUGUUGGACCAGGCUAAAUGCUAUCUUUUCCUGGGGCAAGAAAGAUAUGAAAAAAAGAGGAGGGGCUUUUAUUUAUUUAUUUUAAAACCCUUACCUUCCAUCUUGGAAUCAAUACUGUGUAUUGGCUACAAGGCAGAAGAAUGGUAAGGGCUGGGCAAUGGGGGUGAAGUAACUUGCCCAGGGUCACACAGCUGGGAAGUGUCUGAGGCCAGAUUUGAACCCACGACCUCCUGUCUCUAGGCCUGGCUCUCUAUCCAUUGAACUAUCCAGCUGCCCCCAAGGAGGGACUUUUAGAGGCCUCCCUUCUAACUCUAGAUCUGUGACCCUCCCUGGGAGUCAGCACAAUCUCAGACCCAUUUCAAGAGAGGAUCUUGAGAACAGCAUCACAGGCCAGUGCGGAACUGAGAAACCCCAGUGCCAAAAUGUCAUCCCUGGCUCCAUAUGAAGAACUAGCAUUGGGACCCUAGGAACGAGGAGACAACUCUCCUGGCCAUGACCUGGUGGUUUUUUACUCCCUGUGGAAAGUUUUAAUGCCUCUUGAUAGCAAAGGCCUACUAUCUUGCAAACCUCAGCUGGCCUUUGCUUUCAAAUUGCCCCUCAACUUUCUCUGAGCAGGAUAUCUUGAGGCACUCCAAAGGCAUUAUAUUCUAGAAGCAGACUUUUGGAAUUUUAGCUCUAAGGGAUUUGGGAACAUAGAGCCUUAGAAGGACUCUCUGGUCCUUCUGCAUUAUUAGAAAAUAGCAGAGACUGGUACUAUCUCUUUUGGAAGUAAAGGAGAGAGAGGUAGCCAGAAGGAAAUUCUAAGUAGACGCUUUGUGUAAAUCCUACACUAGAUGAGGAUGACUGAGAACCUGAGCACAUACCUUUAUGGUCUGGCAUUAGCAUAAGGAAUGCAUUUGCCUGGGCUAUCCAGCUUACUCCCAACGACUUCUGCUUCCUGCCCUCCUAAGAUUCAGAAAGCUAAACCUUUGAAAUUCUUGAAGGAAAUUUCAAAAUUAGUCUCUUCACCCAUGGUUAGCAGGCAGUGAGUGCCCUUAAAGCUAAGCUGCCUAGCCUUGUGCAAUUCCCCUCAGGGAGCAGAAUGCCAAUGGGUCCGUGGAAGGGGCUUAUUUCAUAGAAGUGACGCACCAUCAACAAUAUGACAGGACGGCUAUCAUUUCGGAAUGCCAGCUUAGUAGCCUUUACCAAGAAACUCUGUAGAACCAGAGCACUGUAGAGAAUGGGACAAACAGGGACUUUGUCACCGGCUGGGACCCCCGGAAGGGUAAGGGUGGCUCUGUGUUCAUGGAUGAUUUGGUAUUGUUAACAAUGUCUGUGAGGGAGGAAGGCUCUGGAAAAUGUAAGUAGCCCUAUCUAUGAAUAUUAGGAUGGAAUAACUGAAUGUCCCCCGUUCUGAGUAGGGCUUAGCCUGUAGCAUGUCUUCCUCCAAUCUUAAUUUAAUUGUGAUAGAUGCUGCCAAGCAAAGGACUUUCUGAAUUAUUGGAGACAGGGUGAAUAGCCUAGGAGAGUGAGAACGAUGCCAUUAUCUCACGUGGGCUUACCCGGUCCUGACAGGUUCAGGAGCAAGGAAAACUUUUUGGCUAUGAGUGAUUGAAUUUUGGCCUAAAUAACUGCCAGUAUUUAUAGACAUAGUUGAAGUUUAACCUUUGAAACAUUCCUACCUACAAACCCUACCCUUAUUAUUGUUUCCUUGAGACAACCAACAGAGCGAGCAGCUGGUCCAAAACACCAUUUCCCCCUCCUUCCCACCUUUUAAACUGUUGUCUUUUUCCCUGGGAUGUGCUUUAAGCAAGAUGAAGUCUAUUUUGGCAUCCCUGUCAGAUACAGUACAGAUGAAUAUGCCUUAGAAGUAAGGAAAGAAGAAGCUGGGCUUCUUUCAGUGGGUUCUGUGGCUUUCUGGGACCCCAGGAAAGCCUUGGGGAUUGAUUCCUUCUACUUCUGCAAGAAAUGGGAGCAAGUGAUUUGUUCACAAGCUCUGAAAAGAGGCACAGAGGAAGAGGUUUCUUUGAAAGGGGUCUUCUCUGAUAAACCACAUCAGCUCCUUCUCCAUGGCUCUUUGAGACUCAAAACCUGUUGGGAUUCUCCUUCACACAGAGCCAUUUCUGGGAAGGGUGAUAUCUUGGAUGGAUGUGGGGAGCUGCCUCCUGCCUUUGGGACUCGCCUUUUCUGCUGUGGACUUACAAGCUCUGGACUUUCAUAGCCUGACUUUUUACUUUUAAAAGACCAAAUCUGACCAACAUAUAACUCAACCAGAUUCUGCCAGGGGCUUGGGCCCUUUUAUAUGACUGAAAAGGAAGUGUUCACCAGAGCUGAGUAAAGUGUCUAUUUGUAUGUUUGUGUGUCUGGGGAGGGGGGGAGCACAAGGGAGAAGGGUCAUUUCUAUAGACUGACAAUAAAUUGAAUGAAAUGGG